ACAUUAAUGAACCACGGGAAACAUCCAAACAUAGGGUUAGAACCCUCAAAUCUCUCUACACAUACACAUAUACAGAUAUCUCUCUACACAUACAUAUAUACAGAUAGGAUUAUCAAAGACUGAUUGAAUUGGAGAUCUGGUAGAAUAGAAAGAAUGUCAAUUCAGUUCAAAUUUAGGAGCUGUUUAAACUUUGAUUCUGUUGAUGUAGAUGGUAGGCCGUCUAUAUCGUUGCGGGAACUGAGGAAGAAGAUCAUGCGCCACAAAAAGCUCAGCAUUUGUCAGGAAUUUGAUCUCAUUUUCUCAGACGCCCUCUCCGGCAAAGAGUAUAAUGACGAAAAUGUACAGAUUGCGAGUGGGUCAAGUGUAAUUGUCAAGAGAGUUCCUGCUGGAACGAUGCCUUCAGCUGCUAAGCCAUCAAUUGGUACCAUGAAGGAUUUAGGGCUGAAAGAUGCUGAUCCUGUUAAUCAUGUGGUUGGGCAAGCCAAUGUGUUUGAUGACUUUGGGAAUGACAUUUGUCCAGUGGCUGAGGGAACAUUUCUUGGCAGUGAUAUAGGAUAUGGUAAUAAGAACUGCCGGGACUUUGAAAAAGAGAACCUCUCUGGUCCAAGGGUGGUAAGGUCCAAUUUUCCAGCUGUUCCUGGUAGUGGUUUGCGUGUAGAACUGCAAUGCCCUCUCUGCAAUAAUUUCUUGAAGGAUGCUGUGCUGAUACCUUGCUGCCAGCACAGUUUUUGUGAGAAAUGCAUUCGGCUAGCUCUUCUUGAAAAGGCAAUGUGCCCAAAAUGCCUUUCUAUUAGAUGUAGAGUGGAAGAUCUGCUACCGAAUUUAUCUCUCAGGCAAGCAAUUGAGCAUUUUCUUGAAUCCCAGAUGGUUGUUGCUGAGUCAGAAAAUGCUUUACGCAGAUAUGCUCCAGAUGGUGAAUCUGGAAUUCAUGUGAGGGAUGUUUGUUGUGCUGUAACUGUUGUACAACGGGAACCGGAGAUGCCUCAGUCACCCUCAGCUACUGGAGAAGGAUCCAAUCAAGUUAUGGCAGAAUCUUUAAAUGACUCACUUAUUAGGAAAAAAGCGUUGGCAAGGACAAUGCAACAAAUGGAUGGAGGAAGAGGUCGAUAUGCUAAUCAUUGGAAUUUUCCAAGUGUAACUGAUGAUCCAGAAGAUUGUCAGGGUGAAAGCAACCCUAUUAAUUGCCUUUAUUCCCAUGUUCAGGAUGAAGCUGAUUCUUCCAUCAAGAAGAAUAAGGACCACUUCUGUGACACAAGAAGUGGGGACAUGAAUUUUGUGCCUGCUGGCAGAGUUAAAAAGGAUCGUAACUGUUACAUGUGUGGUUCUCCUGACCAUCUCAUCAGAGACUGCGCAUUUGCUUCCUAUCCAAAUCCAAUGCUUCAGACAGGAAACGCCAUGCUUACGGGAGGAUUUCCAAGGUAUCCAUCACCUUACUGGAAUUGCAAUACAUAUUCCACAAUGAGGCCAUUUGCAAAUAUGUAUGGUAAUGCUGGAAAUGCUCCAUUUAAUGCUUGCAUGGUUCCUCCAACACCUUUUGCUCCUCCUUAUAUGCGAUCUAUGCAUAGUAGCGUGGCUUUACCCGGAGGAAUCAUGGGAAUGGGUGGUAUGGCACUUCCAGCUGGAAACAGAGAUGAUCUCCCAUUGAAGCAAUAUGAGUACAUGGGCCUCCAGCUUGAUGAAGAUAAAAGGAGAAUUCAGCAUGAAAAAAUGAGAAGAGGGCAAUAUUGUCAAGCUGAGUCUAACUUUAAGGAGCCUUCCCUAAAAAAUGACCGAGAAGCAUCAGGAAAGGUCCAUAAGGAGAGGGAACCAAGUACAAGUUGUUCUGGUGAUGGCUUUGCUCGAAAAACACACAGAAAGCACCUCCGUGUUGAGAAAAGAAGGGAGAGAAGUCCUCAUUCCUCAUCUGAUUAUAGAGAUAAGGUGCGUCGUCACUCUGACAGGUCUAAUUCUGUCACUGACGGUUUUCCUAGUAGUUCUGAUAGGCGUAGGAGAGAAAGUCAUCAACACCAUAGUCGGGACUCAAGAAAGGACCAUGAAUGUGAUUCUACUUUGGAUCACUAUCAAGUUUCUGAUCGUAAACGUGGAGUUAAUUGUCAUGUAAGAGGCUCUCAUCAGAAACAUCACCGAAGUUCUGCACUUGAACCUAGUGCACCUGUGCAUCAGAAAGCACGAUCCAAGGAGAGGGGUUUGGGGCAUGACGCAAGGAACUCCAGGCACCAUGAAAGACACUCCAUCGAUGAGGUACGUGACAACAAGAAACGGAUGAGCAGUGGCUCUUAUGAAGAUUGCAGAGACAGUUAUCAUCACAAGCGAAAAAGAGUCCAUUGAGAGUAAUGAACAUGACUCAUGAGGUAAACUUGUAAAUGAAGUUGUUCAGAAAUCAGUGUAGGUGAUCAACCAGGUUCCUGUUUCCUUUUGAAUAGGUACAUUGUAUUAACUUGGUCUUGUUGUAGCUUUGGUAAAUGGUCUUUUAUAUCCUUAUGGAAAUAUAUUGGUCCCUACAACUUGUAAAAGACGUAGGUGUUUCAGGAUCUAAUUUGCAAUAUCUGUUGGCUUUGUUGGUACAGAUCUGUAGAGUGGUCAGCUUUUGGACAGUAACAUCAUGACUAACUUUUGUUCAUUUUCCUAACUAAUCCUCUUCACUUCUUUAGUGUGAGGUCUGGAUGCUAGACAAGGUUUUAACCAGAAGCCAUCUGGUUACAAAUUAGUAUUUUGGACCGUUUUAUAUGCUGCCCAACAAUUGUUUUGGACAAAGGUAUGGAAGCUGAUUUGAGGUAUGUUCUCUGUCUUGGUAAUGCUUACCGCAAGUAAUUUCCACCCUUUCAGUGGUACAAGUUCCUCUUAAGUCCUAUUCACUUAAUUUGGUCCGCCUACCACUUCCGUCUAGCUGCCAACUAGAUCGAUCAACAGAUAAAAUGCUAAUUACUGAGAUAUUCUUCGGAAUAAAUGAUAUAGUAUGAUGAUGGCAUAAACUACGAUAAAGUUAUCUUGCAGUAUGUUGGUGAGAUGCGUACAUUCGAACAAGAGAUGCAUAAGUGCUAAAUUAAGAUCUUGUAUCAUGGUACCCCUUCCGUUACAUUGUACUGUACAUUGAAUCGUCUGGCAUUACAUAGAACAUGAGAAGACAAAUUCUCCGCGUAUUCUUGGAUGAGAAUCCAUUUUUAACAGAGAGGUGUGCUAUUGCAUUCAUUUUCUUAAUAAUGGUGCUAUGACCCAAAAUUCCACUGGUAUGAUCUCCAAAGUUCAUAACAGCUCAACUCAUACCUAGCAAGUGUAACAUUGGUACAAUAAUCCACGUGUGUCAGUAAGUAGCAUUGACCGUCCCAACAAAGUAGUAGCAAGGGUUAUCGAAAUACUCACUUUCAAACUUGUGCAAUUAUUAUAUCUGACAGUAAUAACAUAUAUGAUCCACCAGCUAAAAGUCUCGGUCGCACCUAUGCGUUUCAACAGACUGUCCAUGACGCCCAAUUUUACUUGCUUUGAACUAUGCAUUUCAAUAGACUGUCCAUAGUCAACAAUAUCUCAUCAAUUGCCCAACCAACUAUGCGUUUCAUCAAUCGUCCACAGUGGUGGCAACAAGACUUAUUUCGUGGUUUUACCAAUGCAUAGCAAUAGACCAUCCAUAGAACACACCAUUACCUGUGGUGAACUAUGUGUUUCAAUAAUCGUCCAUGGUAGUGUCACCUCAUCUUAUACCCGAGCCAACUGUAUGUAUCAUUAGUCCGUCCACAGUGGUUGUCGCCCCGACUGUGUGUGUGAGUUAAGUACUGCCCAUAGCGUGUAUGAUGCUCACCAUCUCAUAUCAAACAUCAAUCUUAUCAAUAAUGUCACAGACUCAAUAGAUAUGAACUUGAGCAAUUACAAAGAUAAAAUCAUUCUAGAAUGUAACCUAGUCAAAAAACAACAACAACAACAAACCUAGCGCAAUCCCAAGGAGUCUGGGGAGGAUAGAGUAUACGCAGACCAUAUCCCUACCUUGUGAAGGCAGGGAGGCGGUUUUUGAUAGACCCACGGCUCAAAGGGUGAGGAAAAAGAAGCAGUAAUAACAAGCAAUAACGGUAGCAAGAUAGUAAGAUAACGAAGUGAAAGAAACAUUACUGAAGAUACUUUUGAUGUUUUAGAUUACUUGUAAGGAAGAAUAUAGAUAGGAUAUUCAAGCUGUAAGGUGUAACAUUUUGAAAGGGGGACUGCAUUCUUUUUGAUGUAGUAUACCUGUGGAUAUAUAGUUAACUCUUACCAUUAUCAAAAAAAAAAAAAGUGAAAGAAACAAUCAGAUAGUACUAAAGAUGAGAAGCAAAUGCAAGGAAAAAAAUAAUAAUCUAAAACUCCUGGUAUGGAAAAGGAAUACGCCUGACAAUCUACUAACCAACAACAUACCCAGUUGGAUCCCACAACGUGAGGUCUGGGGAGGGUAAAGUGUACGCAGACCUUACCCCCACCUUGGAAGGUAGGGAGGCUGUUUCCGAAAGACUCUCGGCUCAAAAGAAAACAAGAAAAACAAGAGAAACAAGGGAAAAGAGUCAGAUACAGACAAGCAAAUCAAAACCAUGUGAAAAUGAGAAAUAGCAAGAGCAACGAAGUCUUGAUAAAAUAACAAAGAUAGAUAAGACCAACACAUAGAAGCAGGAUAAAAAUACUCCUAAUACGAGAAAGGAAACCUCGCGGCCCCCCACUAGCCUUCUACCCUGAUACUCGACCUCCACCCCCUCCUCCUAUCACCGGUCAUGUCCUCGGUAAGCUGGAGUAACGCCAUGUCCUGCCGAAUCACCUCUCCCCAGGCCUUCUUUGGCCUACCCCUCCCUCUCUUCAGGCCCACCACAGUCAUCCUCUCACACCUCCUCACUGGCGCAUCAGCGCAUCUCCGCUGCACAUGGCCGAACCACCUCAACCUCCCUUCCCGCAUCUUAUCCACCACAGGGGCCACACUCACCUUAUCCCGAAUCACUUCAUUUCGAAUCCUAUCUCUCCUGGUAUGCCCGCAUAUCCAUUUCAGCAUCUGCAUCUCAGCUACCUUCAUCUUCUGGACAUGCGCUUUCUGAACUGGCCAGCAUUCCAUCCCAUACAACAUAGCCGGUCUAACCACCGCUUUGUAGAACUUUCCCUUUAGAAUAGGCGGCACUUUUUUAUCACACAACACCCCCGAUGCAAGCUUCCAUUUCAUCCAUCCCGCUCCAAUACGAUGUGUGACAUCGUCGUCAAUCUCGCCAGUCCCUUGGAUGAUCGACCACAGGUACUUGAAACUUUCUUUCUUCGGGAUGACCUGAGCAUCCAGCUGAACGUCCUCGUCCUCUACUUGACUCCCAUUACUCAACUUGAAACCCUUCGACUCCAGAGUCUGUCGCCAAACCUCCAGUCUCGCGUUAACACCGCUCCGCGACUCGUCAAUAAGCACAAUGUCAUCUGCAAACAACAUGCACCACGGUACCUCUCCUUGGAUGUGGCUUGUCAGAGCGUCCAUAGCCACAGCAAACAGAAAUGGGCUAGGCGCGGACCCCUGGUGCAGGCCCAUCGUGACUAGAAAGUGUUCCGAGUCACCUCCAACCGUCCUCACCCGGGUUUUGGCUCCAUCAUACAUGUCCUUAAUCGCUCUAAUGUAUGCUACAGGAACACCUCUAGCUUCCAGACAUCUCCACAGCACCUCUCUUGGGACUUUGUUGUAAGCCUUCUCAAGGUCAACAAACACCAUGUGCAAGUCAGUCUUCUUAUCCCUAUACUGCUCCACCAACUCUAACCCUCUACCCUAAUUCUCAACCUCCAUGCCCUCCUAUCAAAAGUCAUGUCCUCGUUAAGCUAAAGCUGCAUCAUCUCCUGCCUAAUCAACUCGUCCUAUUCUUUUUUGGCCAACCUAUACCUUUCCUUAGGCCCACCAUGGCCAACCUCUCACACUUCCUAAUUGGGGCGUCCGUGCCUCUCCUCUGCACAUGCCCGAACCAUCUCAACUUCACUUCCCGCAUCUCAUCCACCAUUGAGGCCAUUCCCACCUUGUCCCGAGUAUCUUCAUUUCUAAUCUUAUCUCUCCUGGUAUAUCCACACAUCCAUCUCAGCAUCCUCAUUUCUGCUAUUUUCAUCUUUUGGACAUGGGUGUUCUUGACAGGAAAACACUCUGCCCCAUACAACAUAGUCAGUCUAACCAUCACUUUAUAAAACAUACCUUUAAGUCUUGGUGGCACAUUCUUAUCACACAGAACACUGGAUGCGAGCAUUCACGUCAUCCAUAGUGCUCGAAUAUGAUGUGUGACAUUAUCUUCAAUCUCUCAAUUGCUUUGGAAUACUAAUCCUAGUACUUGAAACUUCCUCUCUUGGGGAUGACUUGUGUAUCAAGCCUUACGUCCACGUCCGCUUCGUGAGACACGUCACUAAAUUAAAAAACAUCAAUAAGGCAUAGAUAAUAUGCUUAACUUAUCAUAACAUGGAUAUGGAAAAUGAGGCUACACUCUAGCGUUUCAACUAAUUUCCUUUUCAAUAAUUAAUAGUCGUAUAUAUGCUUGUCACGCGAUAUAUACGCUAAGCACAUAGAACAUGGAUUUUGGGAAAAUCCCUCGUUGAGGUCAAACCUUUAACUUAUCUCGGUUCGAAGCAACUCUAGCCUUCUCAAACCUUCUUUCCGCACUCAAAUCCAACAACACGAGCUCCAUCCAUUCAAAAGAAUACUACGAGGUUGGACGAAUCAAACGAUACUCAUAUUGCAAUUUUAGACUAGGUUGAAGUCAAACUUAAGUUUCGUGGUCAACAUUCGAAAUUAAUUAUUCUUAUCGGUUACCCGCAUCUCUACUCUGCAAGUCCAAAUCUUCUAUUAGUUCUCAAUUUCGAGUUCAAUUUGAUGUUCAAAUCUCCAAAAGUCACUUUCUUAGAGUUGCUGUCAGUAUUUCAGGGAGAGUUUUGUUGAGGUAGGUUGAGACCAUAUUAAGCGGGACGAAGAGGCAACUGUCAGCAACUAAUGUUGGAAAAAACUUAAUCACAUCCAAUGUUUACCCUUAGUUCAAUCAAUUGAAUAUGUAACAUGUGUUUUUAAUACAGUUAAUGUACAUUCACACUCACAUUUAUCACUAAACCAUGAUAAAUUAAUAUAAUUCUGGUGUAAAUAUGGAAUGUGGAUAUGUUUUUUCCAACUAAUGUCGCUUGAUACAAUAUGUGCCUUAUGGUGCAUGAUUCAGAAAGGGGAGGACUUAUUUGUUUUAUUUAUCUGUUGUAUGCUUAGAUAAAUAGAUUGACUAAUCUAGGCUUUGCUAAGGACUCCACCCCAAGAUGGGUUUGAACUUCCUGGAGUUUUAGGCCCCGUUUGUCCAUAGAUACCAAAAAAAAAUUCAUUUUGUUUUUUGGAAUUUUGGAGUUGGAGUUGUGUUUGGCCAUAGUUUUUGAAAUUGUAGUUUUUGGUGAAAUAUAGUUGUAAAAAAGUGAAAAAAGUGAAUAUUUUUUGAAAAAUAAGUUUUUUGAGUUUUUAGUAUUCCGGAAUACAACUUCAAGUUGUAUUCGGAAUUUUCAUGGCCAAACGCUGAUUCCGGAAAAAAGUGAAAGAAAUUUCCGGAAUAAAGUGAAUAAUUUUUAUGGCCAAACGGGGGCUUAAACUCCAGGGACGAUUCCUUCGUUUGAACAUAUAAAGGUUCAACGAUUUAUGGAGUUCGAACUUUUAAAGGUUCGAACUCCAUGAAGUUUUUCUUUUCGUGGAGUUUGAAUUAGGUUUCAUGGGUGAAGUAAUGAUAAAAUAUGUAAGUAUUAAUAUUGGUAUUAUGAGUGAAAUAAGUACGUUUAAUAAUGCGAAAAGGAUUAUUUCACCCAUGAUACCUGAUUUGAACUCAAGGACAAUGUCCUGAAGUUUCAGCUUCUAGAAGUUGAAACUCCAUGAUUGUGUCCUGGAGAUCAAAAUAGGUACCAUUGAGUUAUUUCACCCGUGGUCCGUGGCGGAGCCACAUACAGACACCCCUUCGCCAAAAAAUUACAGUGUAAAUACUACGUAAAAAUUUCUUUUUAUAUAUAUAUACUAUGUGUUGAACCACCUUAAAUUUCUUCGUAUAUUUACUUAUUUAUAUUUUGACACCCCUAAGUAAAAUUUCUAGUUCUGCCACUGCCCGUGGUACCUCUUUUGAACUCAAGGACAACAUCUUGGAGUUCCAAUUUGGAGCGUCCUGGAAUUCGAACAUUGCAGCAGAGAAGUUUUCCUUUUUUUAAAAAAAAUUCUGGUUGGAACUCCAGCAUAGCGUGUAGAGUUUUGAGCUCCAGCGUAUGAUGUUGGAAUUGCUUUUAGUUGGGAGUAAGUUUUUACUAAAGUUCUUUUUUCAUGUGAAAAGAGUGGUUAACAUUGAUAGCUUUAAAAAAAGCAGCUAAUAUUUGAGAUCAGCUGUUGAAAGUGUCUGUUUACCUUGGGAUGGAAAACAGAACGGGGACCUAUAACCAUUUUGGUGAUAUCUUCUUUGAGAAAAUCUUAUCUAAGUCAUGCCACAGUAUGCAUCAUUGACAGUUAACCAAAGUUUUAAAAGACAAGGAAAGAAACGAUCAGUAAUCCUUUUGCUAAACAAGGAAAUUUGCUAUCAGCUAACAUAUUCUAAACUGCAAAAGAAUUCGUUGUGAGUUCUAUUGAUGAUACAUAUUCCACGUUCUAAUAAAAAAUUCAUUACUAAAUUUGUAUAUUGCGAGACAUAUUUAUUGAUAUCAAAAUAUACUUCAUAGAAGCUUUAGGGAUGUGUGCUUUAAUUUGCUAUAGACAUGAGGUCAUAUGACAUUGGAGUAACAUUCUUUUCCUGGAAAAAGAAAACCUUCUUAUAGCUAGUUUGGAUUGUUUUUACCUAUUGCAUUGUGUUAGUUUAAAUACAAUGUUUGUUUUGAUCGUUACUUAAAUUUUAUUGUAUCGUAUCGUUAAAUCCAUUGUUACGUAACGACGAAAAGUCUCAUUUUAUGUAAUGACCGAUUUGGUGUUAUUGCGUCGUUGCCUUAUUUAUUUUCUCUCAUUUUUUUCUUACUUAUCUUCUAAUAAUCAUAUUUUAUCCUUUAUUGUACCUUUUUAUGGUAGCUCUACACCGUACUGUAAUUUUAUUUUUAUAUUCUUAAAUCUGUUGCUUUAAAGUUUAUUCUUAAGAUAAAUAAUGUGAUUAUCCAUUAAUGUACAGUUUCACAUUUUUUUUUUGGCAAUUGUCCUCGAGUUCGUGUGUGUUAUGAACUAUUAUGUUAUACUAUUAUAAUUAAGUGUAAUUGCUUUCCAGGAAUAAGACUCUUUUUGAA